AUGGGGUUCCUCGGCGUCUACACCGCGAUCUAUGACUAUGAGCCCCAAGGCGCAGGGGAACUAGAGCUUCACGAGGGCGAUCUGCUUUGCAUCCUAGAAAAAAGUGAGGAGGACAGUUGGUGGAAAGCCAAGAAGAAGGCCGAUCGCGAUGACGAGGAUGAGCCCGAAGGUCUGGUCCCGAACAACUACGUUGAGGAGGCUCAACCUAUUCACACGGCCAAGGCACUUUACGACUACACGCGCCAGACAGACGAGGAGGUCUCUUUCUCCGAAGAUGCGGAUUUGAUUGUGUAUGACAUCUCCGAUCCCGAUUGGACGCUAGUGGGGGUCAACUCGGACUUCGGCUUCGCCCCUGCAAACUAUAUCGAGAUUGUGGAGGAUGCAGACCAUACUGCCGCACCUGCAGCUUCACCGCAUGUGCCGGAUGAAUAUGAGCCGGAGCCUGAGCCGGAACCCGCACCUCCCACGCUUCCGCAGCGACCGGCAGUGACCGAGGAGGAAGUGGAUGAGGUCCGCGCCCCAUCGCCAAUCAACACCGUGCAGAAUCCCGCUGCUGCUGCCAUCGCCAACAUCCUUCACCAGCAACAUGCCUCCCCUGUCGAGUCCGAACCAACCCGGUCUGUGCCUCCGCCACCCGAGCCAGCGCGUCCGACAUAUGAGCCUGAAGAAGACUAUCGAAAUGAACCUUCGCCUCCGCCUCCAGCUCUGCCGCAGCGUCCCCCUUCGGAAUAUCUCUCCUCGCCGGUGCACGCAGAGUCGCCUCGAGAGCCACCUCGGCCCCGACAUGCAUCGCUCCGAGAAGAUCGCAACGAGAGCCACGUUAAGGAAUCUCCGCCCUACAUUAGGGUGGGUCACCCUACCCCGCGUUCUCCGUCAGGGUACCACAUCUACACUAUCAACGAAAUGGUUGAGGUCAUGGGCAAGAGAAAGAAAAUGCCCACAACGCUGGGUAUCAAUGUUGCAACGGGGACUAUCUUCAUCUCACCGGAAGAAGAUGGCGCAGUGCAGGAAUGGACGGCUGACAAGCUGACCCACUACUCUAUUGAGGGCAAGCACGUCUUCGUUGAUCUCGUCCGCCCCAGCAAGAGCAUUGAUUUCCAUGCUGGAGCCAAAGAUACAGCUCGUGAGAUUGUCUCCGCCCUGGGAGAGAUCUCCGGUGCCUACCGCGCCGAAGGACUCCGGGAAGUCAUUGCCGCCGGCACCAGUGGAGGCCAGAAGAAGGGUCAAAUUCUGUACGAUUUCAUGGCGCAAGGUGACGAUGAGGUGACGGUGGCCGUGGGCGACGAUGUUAUCAUCCUUGAUGACACCAAGUCGGAAGAAUGGUGGAUGGUGCGCCGUCUCAAGAACGGCAAGGAGGGUGUGGUGCCGAGUAGCUACAUCGAGAUCACGGGAACCGUGACUAGCCCACCACCUGGAGGCUCUGAGCCAGGCCUGUCCACAGUGGAGAAGAAUCGCAUGGAGGAGGCACGUCUCACAAAGGAAGCGUCACGGAAGUCGAAAACGGACUCGAUGAUCGACCCGCGAAGCCCGGAGCGCCAGAAAAGGGAUAGCAAAUCUAUCAAGUCGAAACCCGAUCCUACCAAGGUUAGACAGUGGACCGACCGCACUAAGACUUUCACCGUCGAGGCUCAGUUCAUCGGUUUGAUGGACGGUAAAAUUCAUCUUCACAAGCAGAACGGCAUUAAGAUCGCCGUACCGAUCAUGAAGAUGUCGGUGGAGGAUCUGGAAUACGUCGAGAAGUUAACUGGAGCCUCUUUGGACGAGGAUAAGCCACUGUCUGACAUCAAACGCCGUUCUCAACGCAUUGAGCCCGAGAAGACUCGGAGCUCGUCCGAUGGCAAGCAGAACGGAGCUUCUUUCCAGCAGUCCGACUACGAUUGGUUCGACUUCUUCCUAAAGGCUGGUGUCGGCCCCCACCAAUGUGAACGCUAUUCGCAGAACUUCAUCAAGGACUCCAUGGAUGAGGGAAUUCUUCCAGACAUUACCCCUGAAGUCCUGCGCACUCUUGGCUUGAAGGAGGGCGAUAUCUUGCGGGUAAUGCGCUACUUGGAUAACAUGUUCGGCCGAACAGGAGCCAAGUCCAAGCUACGUAACGUUAGCUUUGGGGGCGAGGAAGUCAUCGAUGAGGAGGGUUCUGGUGGUCUAUUCUCUGGACCUGGCGGAGUGCUGCGCAACAACACUCGGAAAGGCAGACCUGCCCCCAACACGCCAGCAAGUGAUGUGGUUGAUCCCAAGGCCUUUGAGCAGAAGGAUGCUUCCAAGCCCGCGGAGCGUAGUGAAACCCCGCCUGCUUCGUCGUCUGCACCGGAACCUCCGGUGCAAAAGGGCUUCGAUGAUGAUGCAUGGGAGGUUAAGCAACCCAAACAAACCCCUACAACAGCUGCUCCUGCUGCGCCAGCCACUACGUCAAGCCCUCCCCCCGCUGCAUCUUCGCCAACUACAAGCCAACCCCCAGCUACGCAGCCGCUCACCGGAGCAAUGGCAGAACUCUCCCUGCUUCAAGCUCCUCUUCAACCUACACCUGCGCCUGCUGCGGUUCCCGCUCCCCAGUCUCCACCCGCAGCGCCGCCGACCAUUCAACCUCAGCCUACCAUCCAACCUCAGCACACGAUUCAGCCUCAGCCUACGAUUCAACCACAGCCCACUGCUGUGCCUGCGCCUCAGCUGCAGCCGCAGGCGACAGGGGCCUCGCCCAGCUUCUUCGCCCAGCUCGGACAGCCACAGGCUGCUCAAGCCUUCACUCCCCAGGUAACAGGAUUUCAGGCGGCUGCAAGACAGCGUCCUCAAGCACCACAAACUCCACUGGGAGGCAACUCAUUGCUCCCUCCUCCGCCACAACGACCUCUCUCGGCCCCUCAGAACUUCCCUCAGCAACCCAGCUCUUUUGGAACCCCAGCGUUGCAGCCCCAGCUGACUGGAAUUCCUCUUCCGGGCCCGCAAAUUGCCCCACCGGGUCAGAGCUUGGCCGAGUUACAUCAACAACGCUUCCAGCCUUCUCUACAGCAGCCGCAGCCGACCGGAUUCAUGCCGCAAGCUCAAUUCCAGACUGGGCUGAUGCCACAGGUAACAGGCUUCCAGCCGCAGUCUCAAUUUGGAAUCCAGCAGCAGCAAACUGGUUAUUCUGGCUUGGCGGCACAACCGACAGGCUUCGGAGGGUUCCAGCCACAACCGCAGCAACCGAUGCAGACAGGCAUCAAUUCGGUCCUGCCUCCGCCUUUGCAACCUCAACCCACUGGCAUGAACGGUGUCAGCAGCUUGCCUUACAGUGGGCCAGCCCCCCCAAUGCCGCCUAUUCCUCCACAGCCGACUGCUACACCAUUGCAACCCCAGAAGACUGGUCCUGCCCCCAACAUCCGAUUCGGUGUGAAGCAUGAUGCCCCUAAGAAGCUGGCUCCUCAGCCGACAGGUCUCCGCGCCAAUCUAGCGCAAGCUACACCCACGAACCCGUUCGGUUUUUGA